UGUUCGGUUCUUUGGUACCGAACCAUGGGGGGCACAAUUGGAAUGAGAAGAGGAGUGCCAUAUUGGAUCUUCAUCGCUUCUUUUAUUUUGCAUCCCUGUGCACUAGGACAACAAGGAUCAUUUACAGAAGUCUUACAGAAUGGACAAUCGGUGACUGUUUUUCCAUCUUUGACAACUACUCCAGUUAUAAAAGGUAUAAAUGAAGCUCAUAAUGGCCGUGUGUGUAGCACCUGGGGCAAUUUCCACUACAAGAAUUACGAUGGAAAUGUUUAUUACUUCCCUGGAACCUGCAACUAUAUUUUUACCUCAAACUGUAAGAGUGACUUUCAGGAUUUCAACAUUCAGAUAAGCAGAAAAGUUGAGGGCGGCCGGGCAUAUAUCAGUCACAUAGGCAUGAAACUGUCUGGUGUUUAUGUAGAAAUGUACAACUCAACUGUUUCAGUGGAUGGAGAAAUACCACUUCUGCCUUUCAUGAAGUCUGGACUACAGAUUUCAGCCAACGCUGACUUUUACAAAGUUACUUCGAAACUUGGCCUCUCUGCUAUGUGGAAUGGUGAUGAUGCGUUCAUGGUUGAGUUGGACAGCAAAUACAGUAACCAAACUUGUGGACUAUGCGGUGACUUUAAUGGCAUUCAGCUCUAUAAUGAAUUUUUUUCUAAUGGUGUUCAGUUAACUCCUCUUCAGUUUGGAAACCUUCAGAAGUUAAGUGGCCCAACAGAGCAGUGCCGGGAUCCUGAACCUUACACCCUGCCUACCUCUGCUGAGUUUAAAGAAUCCUGUCAGAAAAUUCUUCUCAGUGAAGCAUUUCUGGACUGCAACCCUCGACUGGCCAUUGAACCGUAUGUCCAGGCUUGCAUGCAGGACAUGUACCAAUGUAAUGGGACGUCAACUCCAUCCUGCUUCUGCGAAACAAUUGCUGAGUAUUCCAGGCAGUGUGCUCAUGCUGGGGGGCAUCCUCUGGACUGGAGAUCAUCAACACUUUGCCCCAAGACAUGUCCGUACAAUAUGGAAUUCCAUGAAUGUGGGACCCCAUGCCUUGACACAUGCUCCAAUUUGGAGUCAAAAGAGAUGUGUGGUGCCCAUUGCACUGAAGGAUGCUUCUGCCCACAAGGAACUGUACUGGAUGACAUCAAGAAAACUGGAUGUGUUGCUAUUCAGGACUGUCCAUGUGCUCAUAGUGGCAAAUCCUAUGCUGUGGGGGAAUCCUACUCUACCAGCUGUACGUCAUGCAACUGUACUGGAGGGCUGUGGUCUUGCAUUACUCUUCCUUGUCCAGGCAUUUGUGCUAUUGAAGGAGGCACUCAUAUUAGCACAUUCGAUAAAAAGCAUUACAAUCUGUUUGGCAACUGUCUCUAUGUUGCUGCCAAGGAUGUGAAAGACAACAGAUUCUCGGUACUGGCAGGCCUCUAUCAGUGUGGGAGCACAGUAACAGAGACCUGUUUGAAGGAUGUUAAAGUAUAUCUCGGAGGAAAUGAGACUGUCAUCUCUGUUACGUCUGCAGCGGAUGUCAGUGUAAAUGAGCUUAAAACAAGUCUGCCAUUCUCAACAGCCAAUGUCAACAUUUUCUCCCCUUCCACCUUCUACAUCAUCAUCCAUGCCUCUUGUGGAUUACAGGUUCUGAUACAGCUCUCCCCAGUUAUGCAGGUGUAUAUAACCAUUGAGAGUAGCUACAAAAAUCAAACCGUGGGCCUGUGUGGGAUUUUCAAUGAUAUGGACACGGAUGACUUUAAAACAAUAAGUGGCAUCGUAGAAACUGUACCUGCUGCUUUUGCGGACAACUGGGGAGUAGGAGCACCUUGUAAUACUUCUAAAAAUAACUAUGAAGACCCUUGUACUCUCAGCGUUGAUAAUGAAAAGUAUGCAAACUACUGGUGUUCCUUAUUAACCAACAUACAAGGGCCAUUUGUUACAUGUCAUUCUGCAGUGGACCCUACACCAUAUGUGAAGGACUGUAAGCAUGACAGUUGUAACUGUGAGAACAGUGAAUCCUGCAUGUGUGCUGCUCUUUCGUCCUACGUCAGAGCUUGUGCAGUUCAAGGGAUCCACUUAGCUGGAUGGAGGGAUACUGUCUGCAGCAAAUAUGCUACUGACUGUUCAGAAGGCAUGGUAUAUUCUUAUCAUGUGGAUUCUUGUCAACCAACUUGUCGCUCACUCAGUAUUCCAGAUUUCACUUGUUCCAUUAAGUUUGUCCCCGUCGAUGGCUGUGUUUGUGAAGAAGGCACCUAUUUGGAUAAUUCAGGCAAAUGUGUGCCUGCUGCAAGCUGUCCAUGUUAUUAUAAUGGGGCUACUGUAAACUCUGGAGAAACAAUACAUCAAAACGGGGCCUUGUGUACAUGCACACAGGGAAAGUUGGACUGCAUUGGAAGCCUCCAACAAUCUACAGAAUGCCCUGAUCCAAUGGUAUAUUUCGACUGCUCAGGUUCAUCAGGUUUCAAGUCUGUAACUGGUUCAGAAUGUCAGAUGAGCUGCCAGAGCUUGGAUAUGCCAUGUUACAGUACUGCAUGUGUACCUGGAUGCAUGUGCCCUGAUGGACUUGCUCUCGACAGUGAUGGAAAAUGCAUUAAUCCAGAUGAUUGUCCUUGUUAUCACAACAGCGAGACUUACCAGUCUGGGGAGAAGAUUAAAGUAGACUGCAACACUUGCACUUGCAGGAACAGAACCUGGCAAUGCACACAACAACUGUGUCAGGGCACCUGUGCCAUUUAUGGAGAUGGACAUUACAUCACAUUUGAUGGGCUUCGUUACACAUUUAGUGGAGACUGCGAGUACAUUUUGGCUCAAGAUCAUUGUGCUAAUAACGAUGAAGAAGGCACGUUCCGAGUUAUUACGGAGAACAUUCCAUGUGGAACCACUGGAACAACUUGCUCAAAGGCAGUCAAGUUGCAUUUAAGGGACACAGAAAUAAAGCUUUCAGAAGGCAAAUAUGAAGUUUUGCGGAAUCCUGCUGGAGUAGACGUACCCUUUAAAGUCAGCUACAUAGGACUCUUUAUAGCCUUUGCUACCAAUGAUGGUAUGAUCUUUCUCUGGGACAAGAAGAACAGCAUGUUUAUUAAAUUAAAUCCUAACUUCCGGACAAAUACAUGUGGCCUCUGCGGAAACUAUGAUGGGAACACAAACAAUGACUUCACCACCAGGAGUCUCUCAGAAGUUGUAAACGUGUAUGAGUUUGCUAACAGCUGGAAAGUUUCUACUGCCUGCCCAGAUACCACUUCUCCAAAGGAUCCUUGUACUGCCAAUCCCUACCGUAAGCCCUGGGCCCAGAAGCAAUGCAGCAUAAUCAAGAGUGCUGUGUUCAGUCAGUGCAAGCCCAAGGUGGACCCUUGCCAUAUUAUGAUGCAUGUGUCCAGGAUGCGUGUGCCUGUGAUGCAGGAGGGGACUGUGAAUGUUUCUGCCACAGCUGUUGCUGCUUAUGCGACAGCAUGCAGUGAAGCAGGUGUCUGUGUCACCUGGAGAACACCUGAGAUAUGCCCCCUGUUUUGUGAGUACUAUAACCCACCCCACGGAUGUGAAUGGAGCUACAAACCCUGUGGAUCUCCGUGCAUGAAGACAUGUAGAAAUCCAAAAGGAUUAUGUUCCAGUAAUUUUCCAACUUUAGAAGGCUGUUAUCCAGAAUGCCCAGGUGACAGACCAUUUUUUGAUGAGGACUCCAUGAGCUGCGUAAAGGAGGAAGAUUGCGGCUGCUUUGAUGAUGUUGGAAACCAUUACAAAAAUGGAGAAACUGUACCCUCACUGGAAAACUGCAAGUCUUGUUCUUGUGCAAUGAAUGGAAUAAAAUGCAUCGAUGACAUUACAGCUUGCUAUUGUAUUUAUGAUGACAUGAAGUUCCCCUACGGUGAAGUAGUUUACCACACAACAGAUGGCACUGGUGGAUGUAUCACUGCAACCUGUGGUCCAAAUGGGACACUUACUAGAGACAUAUAUCCUUGUUCCACAACGGCUCCUACAACUACCUUUCAGUUUACCACUAGUUUCCUCAAGAGUGAGACAACAACUCCAUCUGGUAGUGUUCCAAGUACAACAUCAGUUGAAACACAGCCAUUCACAAGUACUUGUGUUAAAGAAGUGUGCACAUGGUCAGACUGGUAUGAUUUUGAUUAUCCAACAUUGGAAACAGAAGGUGAUUUUGAAACACUGGAAAAAAUUAAGGAAAAUGGGGUUACAGUUUGUGAUUCUCCCAGAGAUGUUGAAUGUGUAGCACAAGCCUUUCCCAAUACACCAUUAGAAUAUGUUGGGCAGAAAGUAACUUGCAACACAACAGUAGGGCUAAUAUGCCGUAACAAGGACCAGCUGUAUCAACCAGUCUGCUAUAAUUAUGAAAUGCGAAUUUCAUGCUGCAGUCUUCAGCCCUGUUAUUCAACUACACCCCCUUCAAUAUCUUCAACAUUGCCUUUAGGAACAUCUCAGAAACCAUUUCAAACAUCAACUUCAUUUAGUCAACAAACAAGUUGGCCUUAUACUAUUAUAUCACAGCAAACCUCUUCUUCUAGUGAAAAAACACCUGCAAGUGAAGUUACUAAAUCGCUGAAAAGCACACCAAAUGUGCCUUCAACUCCUAUUUCACAUUCAGCUUCAGCUGUAUCUGGAUCUAAGCCAACACUGACAUCAGUAUCAGAAAAAACACCACCAGUGACACCAGAAUCUACUGUUAGUACCCUGAUACCAUUAUUGUCUAGCUCUGUAACUAGUGCAAGCCUUCAUUCCACUCUGUCAACUGUGUCAUCAGUCACACAUACUGCAGAAGUUUCAAAGCAAAGUAUUUCCCCAACUUUUUCUGUAGUUCCAGAGUCAUCGUCAGCAGAAACAUCAAUAACACAGAUGUCCAUGCCAUAUUUGACAUCAGUAUCAAGUCCACUGUCGACAGUAGUGCCAGAAGGUACAUCUACUGGAGAGGUCCCACCAUCUAGUGCUGCAACCGCAGAGCAAAUGUUUACUUCAUUUUCAAAUGUGCCAUCAGUCACAAUGUCUUCAGAAGUUACUAAGCAAAGUGGACCCCCAACAGUUACAAAAGUACCACAGUCUUCUUCACCCAUAACUUCUGCUGUCUCUCCAGAAAAGGUCAAAACUUCAACACAUCCUCUUUUAACAACUACAGCACCAACUGAACACUCUUCAAAAACUACUUCUGGAACAAAACCUGCAUACACAGCUGCAUCUGAAACAACUAAAAGUGAACUUACAAAACUAACAGCCCCAGAAACAUCAAUUGGCCCUAAAACAGAAACAAAGGAACAGUCAUCUACUGCUAUAAAAACAACAUCAUUGACAGCUUUACCAUCACCUCACACAACAGUAGUGAGCACAGUUCCACAGUCUUUGCCACCAGUGACAUGGGAACUAGAGACAUCAUUCACACCUACAUCUAAUGUGAUUGCCGAAGUUACUGAUACAGAACCCACAAUGUACUAUUCAGAGACAGCACCAUUGACAGAAUAUCCAUUGUCUACUGGCAUUACAACUAAAAGAUUACCUGAAUCCACACUAACACUUGCAUCAGAAACAAGCUCACCUUCAUCAGCUGCAAAAGAAACCACUGCCAGCACAGAAAUCGUACCGUCAUCCUUGUCUGCCACAACUGAAAAAACACAUUCUGUUGUUGCAUCAACAACACAUCUUCAUGCAAAAACUACAGUGGUAGCUGAACAGUCAACAAAAGCUGUCUCUGAAACUAGCUUUCCAUAUGUAUCAUCACCUGAAACAUAUGCAAGUAAAGUCACAGAAUCAAGUGUAUCAGCAACUACAGGACAGAUUAUAACUGCCAAACCCACACUAACAUCAUUAUCAAGUCCACAAACAGAAAGGCUAUCUGAAAGCAUUCCCAUUACAGAAAGUCCAUUGCCAUCUAGUUCUGCACCAAGUGAGCAGACAUUUACUUCAUUGUCAACACCAUCUAAAGUCCCACAGCCUACAGAGGUAUCUACCCAAAGCAGCCUCACAUCUUCAUUAGCAGGAUCAGAGUCACCACCACUAAUAACAUCUGCUGUCACUUCUGAAAAAGUAAAGACCUCAGCACAAUCUCAGUUAACGACUACAGCUGUAUCUACAGAGACACCAAAACCAUCCUCUGAAGCUAGCUCUCCAUAUACAUCUACAACUGAAACACCUAUAACUCAAGUUCCUGAAUCAACAAAAACUACACAGUCAAGAGUGUCUUCACUUCCUACAGCAGCAGAAACCUCAGCAGUACAGCCAUCAACUCCAUCUUUUAUGUCGGUAUCAAAUCCACCAUCAACACUGGUGCAAGAAACUACUCCUGCUGCAGAGGGGUCCACAUCUAGAGUUGCUACUACUGGGCAAAUUUCUACUUCACUGUCAAAAGCACCAACAGUCAUACAAUCCUCAGAAGUUUCAAAGCAAACUAUACCCCCUGCUUCAUCAUUUGCCUCACAGUCAUCAUCAUUACCAACAAUGGCUGUCACUGAAGAAAAAGUCAAAACUUCACUGCAGACUCAGGUAACAACUGGUGUCAUAUCUGUACCAUUACUGAAAACAACAGCAGCAAUGAGUUCUGUCCAGACUUCCUCAGAAGGAACACCAACAGGUGUAGCUACAAAACUGACAAAGACUACAUCAUCAAAUGCGGCUUCACCAAUAUCUUCCACUGUCUCCUCUUCUAUACGCUCAUCCACUCCAUUUACAUCAGUAUCAAGCCCAGUGUCAGGCACACAUUCACCUACUUCAGCAAAAACAGUUUCAGUUCUACCUGAAUCAACACAAACACUUACAUCAGCAUCUCGGCCUCCAACAACAGAGGUGCAAGGAACUUCUCUUGGUCCUGAGUUGCCAACUUCAACUAGUUCUGCAGCUACUGAACAAAUAUCUCAUACAUCCUUUAGUACAUCUUUAGUGAAGCAGUCAACUGAAGGUGUAGAAACAAGCAGCCUUGUAACCUCUUUGGCUGUGUCACAGCUAUCUUCUCUGGUAACAUCUGCUAUCACUUCUGUAAGGGAAAAAUCUUCAACAGAGCUUCCAAUAAUAACUAGUUUACCUGGAGUGACAUCAAGAUCUACUCCAUCAGGUACACCUUCACUUCCUUCUCAAACCACAGUAUCACUUGUAUCUGAGUCUACACCAACAGUUGCAUCAGCAUCUCAGCCCCCGUCAACAGUGGUACAAGGAACCUCUCCCACUACAAAGUUGUCAAUGCAAUCUAGCCCUUCAGCUACUGAACAAAUAUCUCAUACAUCCUUGAGUACACCUUUAGUCAAGCAGUCAACUGAAGGUAUAGAAACAAGCAGCUCUAUAACCACUUUAGCAGUCUCACAUCCAUCUUCUGUGGAAACAUCUGCCAUCACUUCAGUAAUGGAAAAGUCUUCAACACAGCCCCCAGUAAUAACUAGUUUACCUGGAGGGACAUCAAGAUCUACUCCAUCAGGUACACUUUCACCUCCUUCUCAUACUACAGUAUCAGCUGUAUCUGAAUCUACACCAGCACUUACUUCAGCAUCCCAGCCUCCACCAACAGAGUUACAAGGAACGUCCACCAGUACAGAGAUGCCAGCUGCAUCUAGUUCGUCAGCUACUGAACAAGUAUCUCAUACAUCUUUGAGUACAUCUUUAGUGAAGCAGUCAACUGAAGGUGUAGAAUCAAGCAUCCCUGUAACCUCUUUGGCAGUGUCACAGCUAUCUUCUCUGGAAACAUCUGCCAUCACUUCUGUUAGGGAAAAGUCUUCAACAGAGCUUCCAAUAGUAACUAGUUUACCAGGACAGACAUCGAGAUCUACUCCAUCAGGUACCCCUUCACCACCUUCUCAAACUACAGUUUCAGCUGUAUCUGAAUCUACACCAACACUUACAUCAGCAUCCCAGCCUCCACCAACAGAGUUACAAGGAACCUCUCCCAGUACAGAGAUGCCAGCUUCAUCUAGUUUGUCAGCUACUGAACAAGUAUCUCAUAUAUCUUUGAGUACAUCUUUAGUGAAGCAGUCAACUGAAGGUGUAGAAUCAAGCAUCCCAGUAACCUCUUUGGCAGUGUCACAGCUAUCUUCUCUGGAAACAUCUGCCAUCACUUCUGUUAGGGAAAAGUCUUCAACAGAGCUUCCAAUAGUAACUAGUUUACCAGGACAGACAUCGAGAUCUACUCCAUCAGGUACCCCUUCACUACCUUCUCAAACUACAGUUUCAGCUGUAUCUGAAUCUACACCAACACUUACAUCAGCAUCCCAGCCUCCAUCAACAGAGUUACAAGGGUCCUCUCCCAGUACAGAGAUGCCAGCUUCAUUUAGUUCAUCAGCUACUGAACAAGUAUCUCAUACAUCUUUGAGUACAUCUUUAGUGAAGCAGUCAACUGAAGUUGUAGAAACAAGCAGCCCCAUAACCUCUUUGGCAGUGUCACAGCUAUCUUCUCUGGCAACAUCUGCCAUCACUUCUGUUAGGGAAAAGUCUUCAACAGAGCAUUCAAUAGUAACUAGUUUACCUGGAGAGACAUCAAGAUCUACUCCAUCAGGUACACCUUCACCUCCUUCUCAAACAACAGUUUCAGGUGCAUCUGAAUCUAUACCAGCACUUACUUCAGCAUCCCAGCCUCCAUCAACAGUGGUACAAGGAACUUCUCCCAGUACAGGAAGGCCAGCUUCAUCUAGUUCUGCAGUUACUGAGCAAGUAUCUCAUACAUCUUUGAGCACAUCUUUAGUGAAGCAGUCAACUGAAGGUGUAGAAACAAGUAGCCCGGUAACCUCUUUGGCGGUGUCACAACUAUCUUCACUGGCAACAUCUGCCAUCACUUCUGUUAGGGAAAAGUCUUCAACAGAGCUUCCGAUAAUAACUAGUUUACCUGGAAAGACAUCAAGAUCUACUCCAUCAGGUACACCUUCACCUCCAUCUCAAACUACAGUAUCAGCUGUAUCUGAAUCUACACCAGCACUUACAUCAGCAUCUCAGCCUCCAUCAACAGUGGUACAAGGAACUUCUCCCAGUAAAGAAAGGCCAGCUUCAUCUAGUUCAUCAGCUACUGAACAAGUAUCUCAUACAUCUUUGAGUACAUCUUUAGUGAAGCAGUCAACUGAAGUUGUAGAAACAAGCAGCCCUAUAACCUCUUUGGCAGUGUCACAGCUAUCUUCUCUGGCAACAUCUGCCAUCACUUCUGUUAGGGAAAAGUCUUCAACAGAGCAUUCAAUAGUAACUAGUUUACCUGGAGAGACAUCAAGAUCUACUCCAUCAGGUACACCUUCACCUCCUUCUCAAACAACAGUUUCAGGUGCAUCUGAAUCUAUACCAGCACUUACUUCAGCAUCCCAGCCUCCAUCAACAGUGGUACAAGGAACUUCUCCCAGUACAGGAAGGACAGCUUCAUCUAGUUCUGCAGUUACUGAGCAAGUAUCUCAUACAUCUUUGAGCACAUCUUUAGUGAAGCAGUCAACUGAAGGUGUAGAAACAAGUAGCCCGGUAACCUCUUUGGUGGUGUCACAACUAUCUUCAUUGGCAACAUCUGCCAUCACUUCUGUUAGGGAAAAGUCUUCAACAGAGCUUCCGAUAAUAACUAGUUUACCUGGAGGGACAUCAAGAUCUACUCCAUCAGGUACACCUUCACCUCCUUCUCAAACUACACUAUCAGCUGUAUCUGAAUCUACACCAGCACUUACAUCAGCAUCUCAGCCUCCAUCAACAGUGGUACAAGAAACUUCUCCCACUACAGGAAGGCCAGCUUCAUCUAGUUCUGCAGUUACUGAGCAAGUAUCUCAUACAUCUUUGAGCACAUCUUUAGUGAAGCAGUCAACUGAAGGUGUAGAAGCAAGUAGCCCUGUAACCUCUUUGGUGGUGUCACAGCCAUCUUCUCUGGCAACAUCUGCCAUCACUUCUGUUAGGGAAAAGUCUUCAACAGAGCUUCCAAUAACAACUAGUUUACCUGGACAGACAUCGAGAUCUACUCCAUCAGGUACCCCUUCACCACCUUUUCAAACUACAGUUUCAGCUGUAUCUGAAUCUACACCAACAUUUACUUCAGCAUCCCAGCCUCCAUCAACAGAGUUAAAAGGAACCUCUCCCAGUACAGAGAUGUCAGCUUCAAUUAGUUCAUCAGCUACUGAACAAGUAUCUCAUACAUCUUUGAGCACAUCUUUAGUGAAGCAGUCAACUGAAGGCGUAGAAACAAGUAGCCCUGUAACCUCUUUGGCAGUGUCACAGCUAUCUUCUCUGGCAACAUCUGCCAUCACUUCUGUUUGGGAAAAGUCUUCAACAGAGCUUUCAAUGGUAACUAGUUUACCUGGAAAGACAUCAAGAUCUACUCCAUCAGGUACACCUUCACCUCCUUCUCAAACUACAGUAUCAGCUGUAUCUGAAUCUACACCAGGACUUAUAUCAGCAUCUCAGCCUCCAUCAACAGUGGUACAAGGAACUUCUCCCAGUACAGGAAGGCCAGCUUCAUCUAGUUCUGCAAUUACUGAGCAAGUAUCUCAUACAUCUUUGAGUACAUCUUUAGAGAAGCAGUCAACUGAAAGUGUACAAACAAGUAGCCCUGUAACCUCUUUGACGGUGUCACAGCUGUCUUCUCUGGCAACAUCUGCCAUCACUUCUGUUAGGGAAAAGUCUUCAACAGAGCUUCCAAUAAUAACUAGUUUACCUGGAGGGACAUCAAGAUCUACUCCAUCAGGUACACCUUCACCUCCUUCGCAAACUACAUUAUUAGCUGUAUCUGAAUCUACACCAGCACUUACAUUAGCAUCACAGCCUCCAUCAACAGUGGUACAAGGAACUUCUCCCGCUACAGGAACGCCAGCUGCAUCUAGUUCUGCAGUUACUGAGCAAGUAUCUUAUACAUCUUUGAGCACAUCUUUAGUGAAGCAGUCAACUGAAGGUGUAGAAACAAGUAGCCCUGUAACCUCUUUGGCAGUGUCACAGCAAUCUUCUCGGGCAACAUCCGCCAUCACUUCUGUUAGGGAAAAGUCUUCAACAGAGCUUUCAAUAGUAACUAGUUUACCUGGAAAGACAUCAAGAAUUACUCCAUCAGGUACACCUUCACCUCCUUCUCAAACUACAGUAUCAGCAGUAUCUGAAUCUACCCCAGCACUUACUUCAGCAUCCCAGCCUCGAUCAACAGUGGUACAAGAAACUUCUCCCAGUACAGGAAGGCCCACUUCAUCUAGUUCUGCUGUUACUGAGCAAGUAUCUCAUACAUCUUUGAGCACAUCUUUAGUGAAGCAGUCAACUGAAGGUGCAGAAACAAGUAGCCCUGUAACCUCUUUGGUGGUGUCACAGCUAUCUUCUCUGGCAACAUCUGCCAUCACUUUUGUUAGCGAAAAGUCUUCAACAAAGCUUUCAAUAGUAACUAGUUUACCUGGGGGGACAUCAAGAUCUACUCCAUCAGGUACACCUUCACCUCCUUCUCAAACUACAGUAUCAGCUGUAUCUGAAUCUACACCAGCACUUACAUCAGCAUCCCAGACUCCAUCAACAGUGGUUCAAGGAACUUCUCCCAGUACAGGAAGGCCAGCUUCAUCUAGUUCUGCAGUUACUGAGCAAGUAUCUCAUACAUCUUUGAGCACAUCUUUAGUGAAGCAGUCAACUGAAGUUGUAGAAACAAGUAGCCCUGUAACCUCUUUGGCGGUGUCACAGCUGUCUUCUCUAGCAACAUCUGCCAUCACUUCUGUUAGGGAAAAGUCUUCAACAGAGCUUCCAAUAGUAACUAGUUUACCUGGAGGGACAUCAAGAUCUACUCCAUCAGGUACACCUUCACCUCCUUCUCAAACUACAGUAUCAGCUGUAUCUGAAUCUACACCAGCACUUACAUCUGCAUCUCAGCCUCCAUCAACAGUGGUACAAGAAACUUCUCCCGCUACAGGAAGACCAGCUUCAUCUAGUUCUGCAGUUACUGAGCAAGUAUCUCAUACAUCUUUGAGCACAUCUUUAGUGAAGCAGUCUGAAGGUGCAGAAACAAGUAGCCCUGUAACCUCUUUGGCGGUGUCACAGCAAUCUUCUCUGGCAACAUCCGCCAUCACUUCUGUUAGGGAAAAGUCUUCAACAGAGCUUUCAAUAGUAACUAGUUUACCUGGAAAGACAUCAAGAUUUACUCCAUCAGGUACACCUUCACCUCCUUCUCAAACUACAGUAUCAGCUGUAUCUGAAUCUACACCAGCACUUACAUCAGCAUCCCAGCCUCCAUCAACAGUGGUUCAAGGAACUUCUCCCAGUACAGGAAGGCCAGCUUCAUCUAUUUCUGCAGUUACUGAGCAAGUAUCUCAUACAUCUUUGAGCACAUCUUUAGUGAAGCAGUCAACUGAAGGUGUAGAAACAAGUAGCCCUGUAACCUCUUUGGCAGUGUCACAGCUAUCUUCUCUAGCAACAUCUGCCAUCACUUCUGUUAGGGAAAAGUCUUCAACAGAGCUUCCAAUAGUAACUAGUUUACCUGGAGGGACAUCAAGAUCUACUCUAUCAGGUACACCUUCACCUCCUUCUCAAACUACAAUAUCAGCUGUAUCUGAAUCUACACCAGCACUGACAUCAGCAUCUCAGCCUCCAUCAACAGUGGUACAAGAAACUUCUCCCGCUACAGGAAGGCCAGCUUCAUCUAGUUCUGCAGUUACUGAGCAAGUAUCUCAUGCAUCUUUGAGCACAUCUUUAGUGAAGCAGUCAACUGAAGGUGUAGAGGCAAGUAGCCCUGUAACCUCUUUGGUGGUGUCACAGCCAUCUUCUCUGGCAACAUCUGCCAUCACUUCUGUUAGGGAAAAGUCUUCAACAGAGCUUCCAGUAGUAACUAGUUUACCUGGAGGGACAUCAAGAUCUACUCCAUCAGGUACACCUUCACCUCCUUUUCAAACUACAGUAUCAGCUGUAUCUGAAUCUACACAAACACUUACAUCAGCAUCUCAGCCUCCAUCAACAGUGGUACAAGAAACUUCUCCCACUACAGGAAGGCCAGCUUCAUCUAGUUCUGCAGUUACUGAGCAAGUAUCUCAUACAUCUUUGAGCACAUCUUUAGUGAAGCAGUCAACUGAAGGUGCAGAAACAAGUAACCCUGUAACCUCUUUGGCGGUGUCACAGCAAUCUUCUCUGGCAACAUCCGCCAUCACUUCUGUUAGGGAAAAGUCUUCAACAGAGCUUUCAAUAGUAACUAGUUUACCUGGGGGGACAUCAAAAUCUACUCCAUCAGGUACACCUUCACCUUCUUCACAAACUACAGUAUCAGCUGUAUCUGAAUCUACACCAGCACUUACGUCAGCAUCCCAGCCUCCAUCAACAGUGGUUCAAGGAACUUCUCCCAGUACAGGAAGGCCAUCUUCAUCUAGUUCUGCAGUUACUGAGCAAGUUUCUCAUACAUCUUUGAGCACAUCUUUAGUGAAGCAGUCAACUGAAGGUGUAGAAACAAGUAGCCUUGUAACCUCUUUGGCGGUGUCACAGCUAUCUUCUCUAGCAACAUCUGCCAUCACUUCUGUUACGGAAAAGUCUUCAACAGAGCUUCCAAUAGUAACUAGUUUACCUGGAGGGACAUCAAGAUCUACUCCAUCAGGUACACCUUCACCUCCUUCUCAAACUACAGUAUCAGCUGUAUCUGAAUCUACACCAGCACUUACAUCUGCAUCUCAGCCUCCAUCAACAGUGGUACAAGAAACUUCUCCCGCUACAGGAAGACCAGCUUCAUCUAGUUCUGCAGUUACUGAGCAAGUAUCUCAUACAUCUUUGAGCACAUCUUUAGUGAAGCAGUCUGAAGGUGCAGAAACAAGUAGCCCUGUAACCUCUUUGGCGGUGUCACAGCAAUCUUCUCUGGCAACAUCCGCCAUCACUUCUGUUAGGGAAAAGUCUUCAACAGAGCUUUCAAUAGUAACUAGUUUACCUGGGGGGACAUCAAAAUCUACUCCAUCAGGUACACCUUCACCUUCUUCUCAAACUACAGUAUCAGCUGUAUCUGAAUCUACACCAGCACUUACGUCAGCAUCCCAGCCUCCAUCAACAGUGGUUCAAGGAACUUCUCCCAGUACAGGAAGGCCAUCUUCAUCUAGUUCUGCAGUUACUGAGCAAGUUUCUCAUACAUCUUUGAGCACAUCUUUAGUGAAGCAGUCAACUGAAGGUGUAGAAACAAGUAGCCUUGUAACCUCUUUGGCGGUGUCACAGCUAUCUUCUCUAGCAACAUCUGCCAUCACUUCUGUUAGGGCAAAGUCUUCAACAGAGCUUCCAAUAGUAACUAGUUUACCUGGAGGGACAUCAAGAUCUACACCAUCAGGUACACCUUCACCUCCUUCUCAAACUACAGUAUCAGCUGUAUCUGAAUCUACACCAGCACUUACAUCAGCAUCUCAGCCUCCAUCAACAGUGGUGCAAGAAACUUCUCCCAGUACAGGAAGGCCAGCUUCAUCUAGUUCUGCAGUUACUGAGCAAGUAUCUCAUACAUCUUUGAGCACAUCUUUAGUGAAGCAGUCGACUGAAGGUGCAGAAACAAGUAGCCCUGUAACCUCUUUGGCGGUGUCACAGCAAUCUUCUCUGGCAACAUCUGCCAUCACUUCUGUUAGCAAAAAGUCUUCAACAGAGCUUUCAAUAGUAACUAGUUUACCUGGAAAGACAUCAAGAUUUACUCCAUCAGGUACCCCUUCACCUCCUUCUCAAACUACAGUAUCAGCUGUAUCUGAAUCUACACCAGCAUUUACAUCAGCAUCUCAGCCUCCAUCAACAGUGGUACAAGGAACUUCUCCCAGUACAGGAAGGCCAACUUCAUCUAGUUCUGCAGUUACUGAGCAGGUAUCUCAUACAUCUUUGAGUACAUCUUUAGUGAAGCAGUCAACUGAAGGUGUAGAAACAAGUAGCCCUCUAACCUCUUUGGCAGUGUCACAGCAAUCUUCUCUGGCAACAUCCUCCGUUACUUCUGUUGGGGAAAAGUCUUCAACCGAGCUUUCAACAGUAACUAGUUUACCUGGAAAGACAUCAAGAUUUACUCCAUCAGGUACACCUUCACCUCCUUCUCAAACUACAGUAUCAGCUGUAUCUGAAUCUACCCAAGCACUUAUAUCAGCAUCUCAGCCUCCAUCAACAGUGGUACAAGGAACUUCUGCCAGUACAGGAAGGCCAGCUUCAUCUAGUUCUGCAGUUACUGAGCAAGUAUCUCAUACAUCUUUUAGCACAUCUUUAGUGAAGCAGUCAACUGAAGGCGUAGAAACAAGUAGCCCUGUAACCUCUUUGGCGGCGUCACAACAAUCUUCUCUGGCAACAUCCAUCAUCACUUCUGUUAGGGAAAAGUCUUCAACAGAGCUUCCAAUAGUAACUAGUUUACCUGGAGUGACAUCAAGAUCUACUCCAUCAGGUACACAUUCAUCUCCUUCUCAAACUACAGUUUCAGGUGCAUCAAAAUCUACACCAGCACUUACUUCAGCAUCCCAGCCUCCAUCAACAGUGGUACAAGGAACUUCUCCCAGUACAGGAAGGCCAGCUUCAUCUAGUUCUGCAAUUACUGAGCAAGUAUCUCAUACAUCUUUGAGCACAUCUUUAGUGAAGCAGUCAACUGAAGGUGUAGAAAUAAGUAGCCCUGUAACCUCUUUGGUGGUGUCACAGCUAUCUUCUUUGGCCACAUCUGCCAUCACUUCUGUUAGGGAAAAGUCUUCAACAGAGCUUCCAAUAGUAACUAGUUUACCUGGAGGGACAUCAAGAUCUACUUCAACUGGUACACCUUCACCUCAUUCUCAAACUACAGUUUCAGCUGUAUCUGAAUCUACACCAGCACUUACUUCAGCAUCCCAGCCUCCAUCAACAGUGGUACAAGGAACUUCUCCCAGUACAGGAAGGCCAGCUUCAUCUAGUUCUGCAGUUACUGAGCAAGUAUCUCAUACAUCGUUGAGCACAUCUUCACUGAAACAGUCAACUGAAGGUAGAGAAACAAGCAGCCCUGUAACCUCUUUGGCAGUGUCACAGCUAUCUUCUCUGGCAACAUCUGCCAUCACUUCUGUUAGUGAAGAGUCUUCAACAGAGCUUCCUGUAAUAACUAGUUUACCUGGAAAGACAUCAAGAUCUACUCCAUCAGGUACUCCUUCACCUCCUUCUCAAAGUACAAUAUCAGCUCUAUCUGAAUCUGUGCCAGCACUUACUUCAGCAUCCCAGCCUCCAUCAACAGUGGUACAAGAAACUUCUCCCAGUACAGGAAGGCCCACUUCAUCUAGUUCUGCUGUUACUGAGCAAGUAUCUCAUACUUCUUUGAGCACAUCUUUAGUGAAGCAGUCAACUGAAGGUGCAGAAACAAGUAGCCCUGUAACCUCUUUGGUGGUGUCACAGCUAUCUUCUCUGGCAACAUCUGCCAUCACUUUUGUUAGGGAAAAGUCUUCAACAGAGCUUUCAAUACUAACUAGUUUACCUGGGGGGACAUCAAGAUCUACUCCAUCAGGUACACCUUCACCUCCUUCUCAAACUACAUUAUCAGCUGUAUCUGAAUCUACACCAGCACUUACAUCAGCAUCUCAGCCUCCAUCAACAGUGGUACAAGAAACUUUUCCCGCUACAGGAAGGCCAGCUUCAUCUAGUUCUGCAGUUACUGAGCAAGUAUCUCAUACACCUUUGAGCACAUCUUUAGUCAAGCAGUCAACUGAAGUUGUAGAAACAAGCAGUCCUGUAACCUCUAUGACUGUGUCACAAUCUUCUGUAGUAACAUCUGUCAUCACUUCUGUAAGGGAAGAGACUUCAACACAGCCUGUAGUACUAACAAGUUUGCCUGGAGAAACAUCAAGGUCUGUUCCAUCAGGUACGCCUCUUCCUCCUAGUGCAACUACAGUAUCAGGUGCAUCAGAGUUUACAUCAACCCAGUGGCCAUCUUCAAGGACACCAGCACAAGAAAGUAUGUCAGCAAGCACUGCCAAGACUGAAGUAACUACACCCUGCUUCUGUGCAAUAGACAACAUGCUUUUCAGCCCUGGGGAAGUAAUAUACAAUAAGAAAGACAAUGCUGGCUGGUGUUACUCUGCAGUAUGCAAUGACAGCUGUGAAGUAGAAAGGCAUAGUGAAAAGUGCCCAACUGCCUCACCUGCUCCCACUGUUACUGCUACACCCAACGUGUCUACAACUGUUGAAAAGAAGACCUCGGUGCCAUCAACAACCAGUGCCUAUGACUGUUUUGACCUUGUUCCACCAAGAAAGUAUAAUGAAACAUGGGCAGUUGAUAAGUGUACCAAUGCAACCUGUAUUGGAGGCUGCGUUUACAUGACACAUGUACCCUGCCCACCAACAGAGCCAGUGACUUGUUUAAGUGGACGUCCACCUAUUGAAGUUUAUGACAAUACAGGAUGCUGCUUCCGGCAUGAAUGCCAAAGUACCUGCAGUGGCUGGGGUCGAACCCACUUCAUUACUUUUGGUGGAACAUAUUAUGAUUUUGACGGAAGCUGUACUUAUGUCUUGGUGAAAGAAAUCACUUCAACCUACAACUUCCGUGUUACUAUAAACAACAAUUACUGCAAAGAGUGGAGUGGGUCAGCUUGUCCUCAGGCCCUUGAAAUUUCAUAUGGCUCUUCCACGGUGGUGCUGACAAGGCAGAAUAUCAAUGGAAAAGAGUCAAACUUGGUGCUUUUUAAUAACCAGAGAGUUAACCCAGCCUAUGAGAAUGAAGGUAUAAGAAUCACAAGCUCUGGCGGAGAUCUGGUUGUUGAAAUUUCUGACAUUGGAGCCUCAAUGACAUUCAGUCAGCAGCAUUUCUCUCUCAAGCUUCCUCAAAGCAAAUUUAUAAGUAACACAGAAGGACUCUGCGGUACCUAUUCAAGUAAGAGCGAAGAGAACUGCCGCAUGCCUGAUGGCACAACUGCACCUACCUGUUCAGCAAUGGCCGAUAAGUGGCGCAUUCCAGACAGCACUAAUCCACACUGCCAGUCCACAGCAUCAAGUACUACAGCUGUACCACUUUUGCCAUCUGGUUCACCUAUUGUACCACCAACUGUUUCAUCUUUUGUGCCACCAACUAGCUCACCUUUUGUAUCUGGUGGUUUACCUGGUAUAUCAACUGGUAUACCUGUUGUACCAAGCAGCGUACCUACUGGCUCAAUUAAUUUUAGCAAUGCACCAAGUGUCUUACCUACUGGAUCAGCUGGGAUAUCCAGUGGGCAAACUAACUUAGUUACCGCACCAUCUGGCUCACCAAAUGUUCCAGGUGGCUUAUCUACUGUAUCAUCAGGGGUACCUAAUGUGCCUAGUGGUCUGCCCAGUGAAUCACCUGGUGUACCUAUUGUACCAGGUACCUUGCCUAGUGGGUCAUCUGGUGUACCUAAUGUACCAGGCACCUUACCUGGAGGCUCAUCUGUUGUACCUAAUUUAUCAUCGGGCUUAACUACUGUGUCAGCUGGCCUAUCUAAUGUACCAAGUGUUUUGCCCACUGGACCAGCUAGUGUACCUAAUGUACCAGGAACCUUACCUGCUGCAUCACCUGGUGUACCUAAUGUACCAGGUACCUUACCUAUGGGAUCAGCUGGUGUGCCUAAUGUACCAGGUACCUUACCUACUGGAUCAGCUGGUGUCCCUUAUGUACCAGGUACCUUACCUACUGGAUCAGCUGGUGUACCUAAUGUACCGGGUACCUUACCUACAGGAUCAGCUGGCGUACCUAAUGUACCAGGUACCUUACCUGCUGGAUCACUUGGUGUAUCUAAUGUACCAGGUACCUUACCUACAGGAUCAGCUGGUGUGCCUAAUGUACUAGCUACUGGAUCAGCUGGCAUACCUAAUGUACCAGGUACCUUACCUACUGGGUCAGCUGGUGUGCCGAAUAUCUCAGGUACCUUAUCUACUGGAUCAGCUGGUGUGCCUAAUGUCCCAGGUACCUUACCUACCGGAUCAGUUAGUGUAACUAUUGUACCAAGUGCCUUACCCACUGGAUCAUCUGGCAUAUCUAACAUACCAGGUAGUUUACCUACUGGAUCAGCUGGUAUACCCAAUGUACCAGGGAGCUUACCUACUGGAUCAUCUGGCAUUUCUAAUGUAUCAGCUGGUUUUCCAUCUGGAUCAUCUGGUGUAUCUAUUGUACAAACUCAGUUCACCACUGCAUCAGGUUAUAAAUCUAAUGUGCCAACUGGUUUACCUACUGGUUCAUCUGGACUACUACCUCUUCCAACUGGAUUGCCAAAUGCAACAAGUGGUUUAUCAUACAUAUCUAGUGGGUUACCUAAUGUGCCAACUGGCUUAGCUAAUGCAACAGUUCUACCAUCUGGACUGCCUCCAUUGCCACCAACAACUGUGAUUGCCAUAACAAAACCAGCCUGCAAGACAUAUUCACCCCUCUGCAGUAUCAUAAAAAGCAGUGUCUUUGCAGAAUGCCAAGAAUUCAUUCCACCUGAACCCUUCUACCAAGCUUGUGUACAAGAUACUUGCUUAGAUUCUUCAAGCGUACUUCAAACCAAUAUCACAGCUAAAGCAGAUUGCCUCACGUUACAGGCCUAUGCCUCUUUGUGCGCUUCACAGGGCAUCUGCAUUGACUGGCGAAACAACACUGAUGGAAAAUGCGCAUUCAAGUGUCCUUCAGACAAGGUUUACCAGGCUUGUGGACCAAGAACUCAGCCUACUUGCAACUCCAAAUAUAAUGAUAAAUUUGUCAACACUGAAGAUGGAAGUUUUACUGAAGGAUGUUUCUGCCCAGAAGGAAAAAUCCUUUUCAACUCCUAUUCAGAUAUUUGUGUUUCUAGUUGUGGAUGUACAGGACCUGAUGGAAUGCCCAAGAAGCCUGGAGAGACAUGGCAAAGUAAUUGUUUGGAUUGUCGCUGUGACAACAACACAAUGAGCGUGCAGUGUGCACCCCAUGUGUGUCCUAUAGCUCCAGUGCAAAACUGCAGUAUGGAAGGCUUACAAGCUUUUUCUGUGCCAAACCCAAACAACACGUGCUGCAACAUAACAGAGUGCCGAUGCAACACUAGCUUGUGCUCUAAUAAGAUUCAGCGCUGUUUACCAGGGUAUGACCUGCUGGCUACCAUUCCUGAAGGCAACUGUUGUCCAGUAUACAAAUACGUGCCAAAGAGUGUCUGUGUAUAUAAUGGAACAGAAUACAAGCCACAAGCUGUGAUACCUGUCCAGAACUGCAGCCAGUGUUCCUGUUCCUCAGACAUUGAUCAAGAAACACAACAAAACAAAAUUGUAUGCUCACCUUUGAUAUGCAACAAAACAUGCAGCCCAGGAUAUGAGUAUCAGGCAAUUCCAGGAAAGUGCUGUGGUCAGUGUUUCCAGACCAGCUGCAUUAUUCUUUUACCGAAUGCUACCAAUUAUCUGCUCAAGCCUGGAAACACAUGGUCACCACCAAAUGACAACUGCACCAAGUAUAACUGCACAGUAGUUGGUGGACAGUACAUACCAGUCAGCACCACGAAAAUAUGUCCAGCAUUCAAUUCUUCAGACUGUGUCCAGGGAACCAUUACAACAGAUUCUGAUGGCUGCUGCCAGAAAUGUACCCCAAUACUUGACAAAUGUGGAGUUCAGAAAACAGUUGACUACAUAAGUUACAAUGGAUGCAAAUCAAAUAAAAUGUAUGAAAUAACUUCCUGCAAAGGAGCAUGCCUUUCAUCAGCUUCACUGUAUUUUGGACCAGAAGAGAUUAAUCCAAAAUGGUGGGAGUUCUGGAAGACUUCACAGCUAAGCUAUACUAUGAAAGCUACAGAGAUAGACACAUCUUGCACAUGUUGUCAGCCUGUUACAACUCACCUGGUGAAUAUUGAACUCGCAUGUCCGAACACUAAUGGCAAAACAGUUUCAUUCUCCUAUAUCUACAUUGAUAAAUGUGGCUGCUUCACCCAGGACUGUCCUGCAAAACGUUAAUAUUUUGAUGGUCCAGACAACGGAAUGAUGGAAAGCAAUGACUGCGAAACAGAAUAUUGAAAAAAUGCAUUAUAACUGGUUGAUAGAAACUGAAAAAAUGUUUGUAUAAUAGAUAUAUUAUUUUUAGUAGCAGUUAAUAUUAAUAUUAUCAUUAUCAUUAAAGUACAUUUAAGAUCAAA